UUCAAAAACACAUUUCCGCGCUUCUUUUUCAUUCUCUGAAUGCGAAUGAAUGAUAUCUCACUCAGCUUCGCUCUUCCUAAUUUCCAAUUCACGUUUCUUCUCAUCUCAUCUGUCGUUUUGUGUACAUAAGAAACACAGCAGAGGCCAUGGACUCCGACACCACUCCUCUCCACGACCCUCUCUUGCCCUGGCUCUGGUCCGUGAAGCAAGCCCUAGAAGAUUUUCACUCCGGAAAGGAUUACGGGUCGGAUCUCACUAAGCUUCUAUCCGACUGCAUCGCCGCAUUCAACAAUGCUCAAUACAGGGGCGACAUCAGAUUUCUCAAGAUUUGGUUCCUCUAUAUGGAUACCAGUGAAGAUUUCGAAGGCAUUUUUCUCGAAAUGUUGCACAGGGAGAUUUGUGUUGGCCACUCCUUGCUUUAUGUCUGGUACGCAACCUUUCUCGAAGCCAAAGAGAAAUUGUACGAUGCACACAUGGUUUAUCAGAUGGGUAUUUCAAGGAAUGCUAAGCCAGUUGAGUGGGUGGAGAAGGCGCAUGCCUUAUUUCUUGCUCGGAUGUAUAGAAUAGCUUCUUCAGCUCAGAAGAUUGGAAACGAUGAAGCAGUUCCUCUUGGGAGCCUCAUUAACCCAUGGUCCAGCUCCACCAUGAAAGACCUUUUGAAGAAAGUUAAUCAUCAACUUACAAAAUAUGAUGGAUACCAUUCUAUUACUAAAGCUUACUCGGGAAAAGUGGCCUUGUCUUCUCUCAAGAACUCGUCCAGGAACAAAACUAUUGAGAUAGGUCGUACGAAGUACCAGAUCACUGGUUGUGCAGGCCAGGGUGGCUUUGCUCAAGUAUAUAAAGCAUAUGUCAACUGUAAUCCUGAAGAUGUUGUUGCAUUGAAGAUACAAAAGCCUGCUUUCCCUUGGGAGUUCUAUAUGUAUCGUCAACUUGAUCAACGGAUCUCAGACAAGGAAAGGUCAAGCUUUGGGUUUGCUCAUAGAAUGCAUCUCUAUCCCGACUGUAGCAUUCUCGUCUCCGACUAUCUUUCUAGUGGAACACUUCAGGAUGCAAUAAAUUCAUAUGCCUUCAAAGGCAAGUCCAUGGAAGAAGUGUUAUGCAUUUAUUACACCAUAGAAAUGCUCUACAUGCUAGAAACUCUGCAUGGUGUUGGCAUCAUUCAUGGAGAUUUCAAGCCUGAUAAUUUGCUUAUUCGUUAUGCUAGGAAUGGCCUUACAAAAGCCGGAUCUCGUGACAGAACUGACUUUACAGAAGAAGAAUUUCGUGAGAGAAGUGGUCCGUGGCUUGAUCAGGGUCUAUGCCUUGUCGACUGGGGAAGAGGGAUAGACCUGCAUCUCUUUCCUGACAAUGUGGAGUUUACGGGAGAUUGCCGGACUUCUGGAUUUCGUUGUGUGGAAAUGCAAGAGAAUAGGCCAUGGACAUAUCAAGUAGACACGUACGGACUCUGUGUUGUUGUCCAUACGAUGCUGCAUAAUUCUUACAUGGAAAUUGACAAGAAACCAUCACCCGAAGGUGGUCACUUCUAUCUGCCCAAGUCAUCUUUUAAAAGAUACUGGAAUGUUGAACUCUGGAGGAACUUCUUUAAGAAACUGCUUAAUAGUAGCCCCGGCUGUAACCACAAGAAGCUGUUGCAGGAUCUGAGGGAGUCCUUCCAGGAUUACUUGUGCUCGGAGCCUCAGCUUAUAAGGAAACUAAGCGAUUUGCUGGUCAAGCAAAGGGCCUCACUGUGUUCUGCUUAAUUACCCAAUCGUUCCUCCUGGCUGAGCUCAUCUCAGGGAGCAUCUGUUAAUUUAACUCCCAAACUUUGUCGGACGAUUCAGGAGAUGUAUGUUGUCUCAAAGGAAUGCGCUUGUUGUACAUGUGUUUACCAGAUUAUGGAAUGAAAAAUUAUCUCCAAAUA